GCCACGUGGUCGCGCAGACAUGAAAACCUCAGCCAUCUUCCUCGUGGUCGUCGUCGCGAUGCACGGCGUGGACAGCGCGUUCGUGGGAAGCCUGCUCUUGCCGUUCAGUAGCAUCACGUCCGCGAUCGGCAUCCUCCGCUUCAAGAUCUCCGUGGCCGGCGCUGUGCUGAGCAUGCUCGGCCAGGCCUUCAACGGCAAUUCGGACGCCAGGACCGGCACGAACGUCGCGGAGUCAUUUUCGAGGGAGGAGAGUGAACGGCGUGGUCUUGUGGACAUCGGGAUAAGGACAACCACCACUGAACAGCCGCAAGCGAGGGUCUCCCCGAUUUCGGCGCUCCAAGACAUCCUCAACGUCGACGAGAAGCCGAAGCCCCAGACUGACUUGCUGUUCACCUUCUUGAAGGACCUCGACGACCAAGGGUGCGUGUCCCGAAUGGUGUGCGAGAGUGCCGCCGACGCACUGCGGCUCGGCAAGGUGGGCAACGCGACCGUGCAAUUCUUCAACACCAACGUGGGCCUCCGGACGGGUCCUGCCUCGGUCUUCGUUGCCGCCGCCGAAGUGGGCCGAUCGCGGGGCCUCGCCGGCUGCGCCCAGGCCUUUCCCGACUGCACCGCCAACCUUCCCGACACCCUAUCGGUUGCCGGACUCAUGUAGCCUCGACUUGUUUCGUGAAUAAACAUCCCCUG